AAUGCUACAACAUGCAAAUUUAUAUUUAUUUGGUGUUUCUGAGUAUUGUCACGAUUUUUGGAUAUGAUGAUUUAUCAACAAACAAGAGUGCCAGUCAAAGUUCAACAGGUGUCUGUUCGCCUCCCUGUACUGCCACAACUGCAGUGGAUGGAAACGUACAAACAUGUAUGAAAACCCUAGACAUUGGUGGAUCUUCUCCAUUGAAAUCAGUCUGGUGGUAUGUAGAUCUAGGAGACAUAAAAAGUAUAUACGGUAUCAGGAUACAGUUCCAGGAUUAUGGUGCAGACAAUAGAACAAUGAUUAUGAGACAACAAGGGCGUUUUGCCGGGUUCUCCCUUUAUGUGUCCAAUUCAACAAAAAAAGAGAACGGAUACCGAUGUUACAAAGAUGGACCAGAAUUACCUCCCUUGGAUUUCAAUACUACAUGUGUAACUCAGGGGCGUUUUGUAAUAUUUUACAACGAAAGACUGAAAGGAAUAACGUACCCUACAGGAUACCAAACUUCAAACGUUUUCACCGAAUUGUGUGAAGUAACGGUUACAGGUUGUAAGCAUCCUAGUAUUUAUGGAUUUGGCUGUGAUCUCUCAUGUCCAGAAAAUUGUCAAGAACGUAGAUGUUACAUUGUGAAUGGCUCUUGUCUGGGUUGUAGACCUGGCUGGAUUGGAGAGUUCUGUAAUAACUCCUGUCCUGCUGGAUUUUACGGUCUGGAGUGCAGAAUACCGUGUAUUGGGCAGUGUAGAGACAGCAAACCUUGUAAUCAUAAUACUGGAGACUGUGAUGAGGGUUGUGCUGACGGAUGGACAGGAACGGAAUGUAGCAAACAAUGCCCGGCAGAAACGUAUGGUCCUGAUUGUAUAUACAACUGUAGCGGGCACUGUGUAAAUGGCGUCUCUUGUAACAGAACAACAGGAAGUUGUAACUCCGGCUGUAAACCUGGAUGUACGGGGGAGCACUGUGAUAAAGCUUGUUCCAUUGGAUUCUAUGGAUUGAAUUGCACAAAACAGUGCAAUAACCACUGCCGACACGGUAUAAACCAUUGUAAUCACCAAGAUGGACACUGUGACCUUGGAUGUCAAGAUGGAUUUAUUGGACUUAUAUGCAAUGAAAGUGAGUUUUUUAAUGCAGUAUUUUUUUUCACCUUGGCAAUCAGUUAUUUAGGACAUUUUUAAGCUAGUCUCAAAG